UAGCGCGCGAUUCUUGUUUUCUUACCUAUUUACUUUAAAUUAAGUAAAAUUAUACGUCUACAUUUAUAAAGAACGAUGACCGAAAGCGAGCAUUACACCGAUAUCGACAUAUCAGACGUUAUCGACGACACAGAACAGUAUGCGGACACGGAACAAUACAUUGAUACUGAAAUAAACUCCGAACCCAUCGAAAGUGAGAUUCUGCAAGAAUCUGAGCUAGUCAGCUCUGAAGAACAUGUGGAAAAGAAGCCGCAGAGUGCAAGGAGUGAGGUUGUGAAGGCCACAAGGUUACCUAUAGCGAGGAUUAAGAAUAUAAUGAGACAGGAUCCAGACGUAAGCGUCAUCAGUGCUGAUGCUGCGUUCUUAGUUACGAAAGCAACGGAGUUAUUUCUAGAAACAAUAGUCAAAGAAACAUACAACACAUCAACUAAGAAGAAAAAGAUAAUCACCAAGAAGGAUUUAGACUAUGUCAUAAAUAUGGUGGACUGCUUGUGUUUCUUAGAGGGUGCUAUGGAUUUCUAAUAUCAGUCUAUGACUUACUAUAGCCAAUGAUGUUAUUAAAUGUACCUUAUCAUUUCCAAGGAAAGUAUAGCUAGAAUACUGUAAGUAAUUGUUAAAAAUAAUUAAGGAUUAAAUUAAAUCAAACUACAA